AUGCCGCAUGUGGCUUCUCAAGCGUGUACAGCCUGCCGGCGUCUGAAGCGCAAAUGCUCUCGGGAUAUUCCAAGCUGUAGGCUUUGCCAGCGCCUGGGCAAGGACUGCGAAUAUCCUGUAUCUGCGAAUGACGGCAACUCUACCGUACGGGUGCAUGCUCUCCAUCAUAAGCUCCUUCGGGGCCCAGACCACCCGUUUCCUCAUGCAUUCUUCCUCGAUCAGGAACUGCAUACUCCACUUCGUACGAUGCAGUUGGCACAGUCGGUCCAGCCAGAACUCAAGCUGUACGUCGCCCAGUACCUCAGUGUGGACAGCCCCACGCUUUAUAGUGACUAUCAUGUCAAGGUCCAUACCUGGCUACCCAUGCUGAGUAGGAAAAGGCUGCUGGACCAAGGCGUCGAAAGUUCAGAAAGGACAAAUGCAUGCCACCCCCUGCUCCUCCUGUGCAUGGAGCUUUGCACAGCAGAGUGUGGAGGCUCGCCCGGGGAUUUCCAUCUAUAUACGGCAGCAAAGACGCUGAGCUCGGCGGUGGAGCAGGCUGGGUACCUCUCGCUGCGCCUCGUCCAGGCCCUUGUUUUGAUUACCUUUUACGAAGUCUGCCACGGGCUUCAGCCAGCAGCAUAUCUGACGGUUUCCAGGGCAGAACGGGUCGGUUCCUUAGUCGGCCUGUACACCUCAGGAUACAACUCCACCCUAUUCCAGCAAGUUUCUACUUGGACUGCAGGCGAGGAGGCGAGACGGACCUGGUGGGCCAUCUUCAUCCUCGAUAGAUACUUGCUCAUCGAUGCGCCUGGACUGCCCUUCUCCCAACAAGAUCCGACUGCCCAGGAGCUGCUGCCAGUCAACGACGGUGACUGGGAGGCUAGAAAUACCGCCGCCAGUGAAAGCCUCUACACCUCAUCCUUUAGCGGGAAUACGGUCCUCGGCCCGUUUGCCAUGCUGUGCCAGUCGUCCAAUAUUCUGAGCAAGAUUUUACAACACAAGAUGAGCCGGAAAUAUGCAUCAGAGCCCGUUGAGCAACUCAUGGAGGAAGCAAUACAUCUUCACCGGACGUCGUCAGCAUUACAAGCGUCCAUCCAGGCGUCAUCAGAAGCUUCCGCCGAUGACAACUCCCCUUUUACAUCUGCGUCAGCCGUAUGUUCCGUGGCUCGAUUAUGUCUCUAUAAUCUCUACGCAUGCAACUCGACGCAGAAUGGCCGAGGCAUCUCCACGCCCAUGCAGGCUGAUCUCCAAUAUUUAAGCUUGCAGAGUAUCUCGAGUCUGGCACAUACUGAGAUUCCAGAGCUCGCACGCCAGAGGAACGCGUCUCCGUUUCUGGCUCACUGCCUGUACUAUGCUGCCAGCGAAGCAGCCUGGAUCGUGAGGGAAGGCUGCGAUGCCGUAACAACGGCUAUCCUAAAGGAUUUGCUGGACGGUUUGCGGUCCCUCGAGUCCUCCUAUUCCGUGUCAAGCUAUCUUCUAUCUCUCUUGCAACAAGAGGGAGUCUUGGGGCUGGUGGACUCAGAGCCUGGCACAUUGCCAGAUUUUCAAGAUGGAGACGAAGAAAUGUCAUCAACAAUGAGCGGCGACUCCUGA